CUCACUUAUUGAAGCUCAAAAUUUAGAAUUUGCAGAGCUAGCUAUGAAGUUGAGAUGAGAUGAGACCACUCUCACUUCUCUUUAAUUUUCUUUUGCACAUUUUCUCUCUCCUCUGCUACUGCACUCUUACUCUUUUGAGCUGGCCAUAAUUUAAAUUCCACUACAGUAUUUUUAUCAGGAAUCAGGAUUGAUCAGGCAGCUUCUACUUCUCUUGGAAUCCGUGAUUUUUUUUGGAGCUAUUCAUUUACUUGAAUGCCACGUAUAUCAUCCUCGGAAUUUCACAUUUUUACUCAAAAUUAAUUGGAAAUUAAAGUGAUUAAAAUUCCAGGAAAAAAAAAAUGGCAGGGAGAAUAGGCAGAAAAUUUGUUAAAGAUGAAGACUUUGAAGAAGGAGAAGUAGGGAAUGUUCUAGAAAGCAGAGAAAAUUCAAGUCCAAAACUAAGAAAAUCAUUGAAAAAUUCAUCUUCUGCUACAAAAAAAUUUACUGCUACUGCAAGAAUGAUACCCAAAUCAUCAUCAUCAUCAUCAUCAUCAACAUCAUCAUGUGAGAAGAUGUCAUCAGCACCAUUGGAGAUUCCUGAUUGGUCAAAAAUUUAUGGUGUGACAUCAAAAAAGAAGAAGAAUGGUGGUUCUGCAUCAUCAUGGGUUGAUUAUAAUGCUGUUAAUCAUCAAGGGUAUUAUGGUAAUUGCAAUGGCAAUGGUCAUGGUCAUGGUUAUGGUUAUGGUUAUGGUUAUGGUUAUGAUGAUGGUCAUGUGAAUGAUGAUGGUGAUGGGUAUGUCUAUGGUAAUGAUGGUGAUGAUGAUGAUGUGGAUGAUGAUGAUGACAUGGUUCCACCACAUGAGUAUUUAGCAAAGAAGUUAGCAAGAAGUCAGAUUUCAUCUUUCUCUGUUUAUGAAGGAAUUGGAAGGACUCUUAAAGGAAGAGACCUUAGUAAAGUAAGAAAUGCUAUUUUAACUAAAACUGGUUUUUUAGAGUGAAAAUUUUCAUGGGUUAGUAUGUUUUUACUUUAAUUUUUAUGGGUUAGUAAUAUUAAUUUUAUUAUUAUUAGUUAUUAUUAUUAUUAUGUGGUGUGUGCAUGGAUAUAUACCAUGCAAUGGCAUCAAGGAAUCAUAGGUUAAAAAAAAGAGAUUAAAUUAGGAUAUAAUUAAAGAUUAAUUAGUGCAUUAUCCAAGUAAGACAUCAUCAAUUUUGUAUAAUUGGGGAUAAUGAAAUCAACAUCAACAUGGUUUCAUCAUGAACAAUGGAUGUCAUCUAUUUUGUGGCAUAAGGGGUCCCAUGUAAGUUGUUUUCAAUUUUUUAGUCCUUAAGUAUGGUUGAUUAGCUUGAUUAAGUAUGGUUAAUUAGUUAUUUUUCUUAGUUGGUGAGUUUUAUCAGAGGAACUGCCUAAUUUUGUUAAAUUGUGUUUGGCAGUCCUCUGAAAUUUUGUUAGGGAGGAAGUUCAAUGUUUAAUUAUAUAAUAUGAGAGAUUUUAAUGUGACUAGUUU